CGGCGGCUUCUGGGCACGGAUUUUAGUGGCUAUCGGAAUCCGGAAACGGCGCCCGGGGCCCAGAUGGCGGCGGUGGUGCUGGGCUGCGUCGCUAAGAGACACCCGGCCGUCUGGAGAACUGUGGCAAAAAGCAGCGUGGAUUCACUGACGUGGACAGCAUGGAUUCGCCAUAAAUUUACUAAGUCAAGAAUUCCAGCUUCAGUAUUUCAGCCACAGCCUUCAGAUCAUGAAAAAUAUGGAGGUGAUCCUGAGCAGCCUCACAAACUGCAUCUUGUCACUAGAAUCAAAAGUGGAAUAGGUCGUCCAUACUGGGAAAAGAAGAUAAUACAUGAUCUUGGACUGGAUAAAGCAAAUCUGCCCAGAGUGCACAAAAAUAUCCCAUCUGUGAAUGGAAAACUGAAAGUCAUAAAGCAUCUAAUAAGAAUACAGCCCCUCAAACUACCUCAUGGAAUUCCAACAGAAGAGGAAAUGUCAGAUACCUUACUUAAGAGCACAGGAGAAUUAAUAAUUCGGCGGCAUCUGAAACCCGUGGAACAAAAAGCAAUUAAGUCAUAGUAUGCACUGACUAUUCUUACUUUUACAAAAUAAAUUAACUGAUAAAUUGGGA